UUUGGAUGACUCAACUCCCCUUGACCCGCCUCCAGGGUCCCACUCAGCCUGGGUCUCGGAGGGGCAGUCCCUGCGCUCUACACUGGAGCGCAAGAGGCCGAAGCAUUGUCCAUCAGAACACUCCCCAAGCCGCGCGCCUAGAACCCCCGGAGCGUUAAACUGAAACGCGACCCACUGCCCACCACGCCAUAGCUCCCAGAAUUCCGCUCUCCCCAUUCCAGACUUGCCCACAGCUAAGAUGGCGCCGGGGGCGGAGUCCCCGCGGCCGCCUCGGGGCGGGGCCGAGGUGACAGGACACGGUUAAGGGGCGUUGCCAGACUGGGGGCUGCCCCGGGGCUCCGGCUCUCUGGGCCGGGUGCUCCUCUAAAUCGUUAGAUCUCACGCCAGCUUCCCGGAGGCGUCAUGAGAUCUCCGGUUCGGGGGCUGCCUCCAAGCGAUGGAGAUAAGGUCUCAGACAAUACACCCCUCCUUCAGGACGCCCCGCAGGCGGAAGUUGCUCCAGUAUGCUGCUCUGUUCGUUACAACUUAGCAGUUUUGUCCUUUUUUGGUUUCUUCGUUCUCUAUGCAUUACGUGUGAAUCUGAGUGUCGCCUUAGUGGAUAUGGUAGAUUCAAAUACAACUUCGGCAGAUAAUAAAACUUCUAAGGAGUGUGCAGAGCAUUCUGCUUCCAAUCAGGUUCUUCAUAAUCAAACGAUUCCUGGAGGAUAUGUUGCCAGCAAAGUAGGGGGGAAACUACUGCUAGGAUUUGGGAUCCUUGGCACUGCUGUCUUCACCCUGUUUACUCCCAUUGCUGCAGAUUUUGGAGUUGGAGCUCUCAUUGUGCUCAGAGCACUAGAAGGACUAGGAGAGGGUGUUACAUUUCCGGCCAUGCAUGCCAUGUGGUCUUCUUGGUCUCCCCCUCUUGAAAGAAGCAAGCUUCUUAGUAUUUCAUAUGCAGGAGCACAGCUUGGGACAGUAAUUUCUCUUCCUCUUUCUGGAAUAAUUUGCUUCUAUAUGAAUUGGACUUAUGUCUUCUACUUUUUUGGUAUAGUUGGAAUCAUUUGGUUUGUUUUAUGGAUCUGGUUAGUUAGUGAUACACCAGAAACUCACAGGACAAUCUCCCACCAAGAAAAGGAAUACAUUCGUUCAUCAUUAAAAAAUCAGCUUUCUUCACAGAAGUCAGUUCCAUGGAUUCCCAUGCUAAAAUCCCUGCCACUUUGGGCUAUUGUUGUUGCACACUUUUCUUAUAACUGGAGUUUUUAUACUUUGUUGACAUUAUUGCCUACUUACAUGAAGGAGAUCCUGAGGUUCAAUGUUCAAGCGAAUGGGUUUUUAUCAGCAGUGCCUUAUUUCGGCUGUUGGCUAUGUAUGAUCCUGUCUGGUCAAGCUGCUGACCAUUUAAGAGCAAAAUGGAAUUUUUCAACUAUAUGUGUUCGAAGAGUUUUCAGCCUUAUAGGAAUGAUUGGACCUGCAGUAUUUCUGGUUGCCGCUGGAUUUAUAGGUUGUGAUUAUUCUUUGGCUGUUGCAUUCCUAACCAUAUCAACAACACUAGGAGGCUUUUGCUCUUCUGGAUUUAGCAUCAACCACCUGGAUAUUGCUCCUUCGUAUGCUGGUAUCCUCCUGGGGAUCACAAAUACAUUUGCCACUAUUCCGGGAAUGGUUGGGCCUGUCAUUGCUAAAAGUCUGACCCCUGAGAACACUAUUAGAGAAUGGCAAACUGUUUUCUGGAUCGCUGCUGCCAUUAAUGUAUUUGGUGCCAUUUUCUUCACACUCUUCGCUAAAGGUGAAGUGCAGAACUGGGCCCUCGAUGACCGCCAUGGACACAGAAGCUGAAGGAACCAAUAAAUAAUCCUGUCUCUAUCCAUGUAUCUUUGUUUAUCAUGUAACCUAAAAGUGCCUUUGAUAUUUUAAUGUUUUAAGCAUUCUAUGUGCAAGAAAAAAUUGUAUAUGCAUUAAAUUUUUAAGGCUUAUAAUCAUGACAUGUCACUAGUGGCCAGAUUAGUAAAAUCAUCUAUUUUUAAUCACUAAUAACAUGUAUGCUGGAACUUCUAUUCUAGGGUCACAUACCCAGCUGCAAAUCAGGCACUACGAAGUAGGGGAGUCCUAGUUAUUUUUAAGGGCCGCACUUAGGAAUGAGCUGAAGUGCACUCCUCUAUACCUGUGCUUAAUUAAGGACAAUAAAUCUCAGGUCUUGGUAAACACCUAUUUUUAUCCACUUUCCUCAUAAAAAUCACUUGUCAUCAGCAAUCUCUGACCCUGACGUCUCAAACUUUAGCAUCUCCAUGGAGCUGCCAGCCUUUCUAUAAUGUGGCCUGGCAGCUGGGCAGAGGGAAGCAUGCCCAGUCAGCUGCCAGGCAUUCCCUUCCUGGCUUCAGGGACAGUGCCCUGCAUUCAUCAGAGGCAGCAGCCAAGACCAGGGUCAGUGCCAGGUCUUUGGAUGGUGUUCUUCCCCUGGGGGCUGUUAAUGUGUAGACAAAGCCCUGAGCAGGCAGGAGCAUUGAGAUUCAUAGCCGCAGUUCUGAUGAAUCCUCAAACUUUCCCCUCCCCAGAAUACUGAUUGGCAUGUAACCUACAAAAAUAAAGUAUGAUGCCGAAUUAACCACAAAUAACAUUAUCCUUGCUUAAAAUUACCUUCAAGUCGAUCAGAGUAUAAAUUCCAAAUCCUAUGUUCUAUGAGCUACACUAGAAUUUUUUUAAAUAAAUUUCUUUAGUUCCUUCUGUUUGUCCAAAGGCAAGGUUCUGGUUGCAGUUUAAGGUUUAAGUGACUUUUAAAGGCCACAUCUCCUGAGACCAAUUGUAAUGUAAAGGUGAGAAUCAUCUUUCUGCUGAUUCCUGAAAUCAAAUUUUUCCACAUUUUCCUAGACCAUCUUUCAAUAGCUUUUGAACAUGCUUUGAGAGCUUUUAUGUGUUUUAGAAUUUGGUUUAUGUUGCAUUUGUUCAACACUACCUGUAAUAUUUUAAUAAAACUGUUUAAUGUAAUAUGUGAAUAACUUCUGUAAAUUUUUUAAAUUUGUAAAUGGCUUUAAGUUGCAAUGGUGAUAUUUCUUUUAUAAAUCAUCAAAAUAAACCUUUUUGAAUUGA